CAACUGGUGGGGAUAUCAAGAUUUCAUCAAGCGACCCCCUGUUCUACAGCCUAUCUACAUUCCUAUUUUUUAGAUGAUCUCUACAGAGAGCGCCUGCCCAAUGUCUGCGGAGCGGUGGGCUCCAAGGCGCGGAGCUGCUGCAGCAUGCGUUCUGUCCACAGAUACCUGCCCGUCACAGAUUGGCUGCCCAAAUACCAGUUGAACUUUCUGGCCAUGGAUCUGGUGGCGGGACUCACGGUGGGUCUCACAGCCGUUCCACAGGCCAUCGCCUACGGAGCUGUGGCCAAUUUGCCACCAGCAUAUGGACUGUAUUCCGCAUUUAUGGGUGGUUUUGUGUAUAUACUGCUGGGGACCUGCAAAGACAUCACAGUGGGUCCUACGGCCAUCAUGGCACUAAUGGUGCGGCCCUAUGUGGAUGGCAAUCCGGCGUAUGCGGUGCUCUUGUGUUUCCUAUCCGGCUGCAUCAUCACCAUAAUGGGUUUGCUCAAUCUCGGCGUGCUAAUGCGAUUCAUUUCGAUACCAGUGACGACGGGUUUCACUAUGGCCGCAGCUUUGACCAUUGCCACCGGUCAGGUGAACAGUCUCUUUGGGAUUAGCAGUAGUUCCAAUGGCUUCCUAGACUGCUGGAUCCACUUCUUCGGUCACAUAACGCAAACGCGUCGAAAUGAUGCCAUCCUGGGAUGCUGCACACUGAUUCUACUGCUGCUAAUGAGGCAACUCAAAGACCUGCCUUUUGGCAUCAAGAGCGUGUGGAAGUAUAUCUCAUUGGCUCGCAAUGCUGUGGCCGUUUUAAUUGGCAUCCUGCUGUGCUAUCUUCUGAAAAGUGACGGCAAACUACCCUUUCUAGUCAGUGGCAGCAUUACUCCCGGCUUGCCGCCCUUUAAGCCACCUCCCUUCCACACAGAGGACUCGGAAACGGGAGUGGUGACCAACUUUGGUGGCAUGGUUUCGAAUAUUGGAUCUGCUUUGGUGUCCAUACCUCUGCUGUCCAUUUUGGAGAGCAUAGCUGUGGCCAAGGCGUUUUCCAAGGGCAAGAUAGUGGACGCCUCGCAGGAGAUGAUUGCCCUGGGCAUGAGCAACAUCCUCAGCAGCUUCUUCUCCUCUAUGCCCAUCACUGGAUCCUUCACCAGGACAGCCAUCAACAAUGCCAGUGGAGUGAAGACACCGCUGGGUGGAGCUGUUACCGGCGCUCUGGUCAUCAUGACCCUCGCCUUCCUCACCUCCACAUUUGCCUAUAUUCCCAAGGCAACUUUGGCGGCCAUCAUCAUAGCAGCCAUGUUCUUUAUGGUGGAGUACGAGACCAUUGGCGAGAUUUGGCGGGCUAAAAAGCGGGAUAUGCUGCCUUUUCUGGUUACCGUGCUAACUUGUGUGUUCUGGACCCUGGAGUAUGGAAUGGUGGUGGGAAUUGUCUUUAAUGCGUUGUUCCUGCUUUACAAGAGCAUGAAGCCGCAGUUUUACUUGGAGACCCAGAAGUUUAAUGGCAUCGAGGUGACCAUGGCCGAUCUCAAGGGCAGCGUGGAUUAUGCGGCAGCCGAGUACUUGAAGAUGUCAAUUGUGUCGCACGUGACGGGCAGAAAUGCCGAGGGAGGUGCCCCCACCACACUGGUGGUCAUUAAGGGGCACGAGAUCGCCUCAAUUGAUACGACCGUGGCUUUGAACCUAAAAUCUCUGCGCGAAGAUCUGGCCCUGCUGCAGUGCGACAUGAUCUGCUGGAACUGGAGUAUUCCGGCGGCGGGAGUGAUCUGCCGGAUGGAUAGGAAGCUGCGCAGUAUGUUCAAGUUCUCGAAAAGCUUUCCCGACCUAAUGCAAACAAUUGCGGAUGGCGAGCCGGCAGCCGUUUCGAGUAUUGCCGUUGACUUGAGUCAAUAAAGAGAGCUCUUUUGUCUUGUCGUACAUUUCUGCGUACAGUUGUGUCAGUGAUGGGAAGGGUAAGGUAUU